AUGUCAACAACCACAAAUCACCACCUGGUUGUAACCCAAGCCGGCGUGUUUUCGCCGCCUAUUCAGUUCACAGCUCCGCCGGGGAUAAAGCUUACGCAGGAGCAUUUCAAAGACAUAACACCCGACCAGCUUCAUGAACGCAUUCAUAAAGCCAGCAUAAUCGUAUCGUGUUGGACACGUCUCGACUCAGUGGCACUGUCCGAGGCGGUCACACCAAAUCUGAAAUUUAUUGCCGUCACCGCUGUGGGCACAGACAGUGUGGAUUUGGCGACAUGUCAAAGACGUGGAAUUUUGGUCAGCAACUGUCCUGCAGCAAAUGUUGAGUCGGUAUCGAACCAUGCAAUGGCUUUGUAUUUUGCUGCGAGAAGAAAUGUGGUCCAAAUGGACCGUGUGGUUAAAGACGGUGUCUGGCACAAGGAGGGGCCUUCGGUGGCUCUGAGGAUGAAAGACAGCAACCAGGGCUUGGGCUUGACCUCUGAGGAAGAAACUGUGGGAAUCAUCGGGUUUGGAUCUGUUGGCAAGAAAGUAGCACAGCUAUCCAAGGGUUUAGGCAUGAAAGUCUUGAUAGCAGGCCGGAAGGGGCAGAAUGAAACCACAAAAAAGGGGGAUAUAGAACGGACCCCAUUUGAAGACGUUCUCAAGCGCAGUACCGUUUUGAUAAUCGCUGUACCUCGAGUGCCCGAGACGAUGAACCUGAUCUCGACCGCCGAAUUUCAAGCCAUGUCAGCGGACACCGUUCUGAUUAAUAUUUCCCGUGGAGGCAUCGUGGAUGAGGCGGCUCUUUUGCAAGCGCUCAAGGAGAAAUCCAUAUUCGGCGCGGCGACAGAUGUUUUUGAAACUGAACCAGCAUCUGCUGCGACAUCGCCUUUACUUGCUGAAGACACGAGAAACUUGAAUUUGACAACAAGCCCCCAUUUGGCAUGGUAUGCCAACAAAACGAUGAAGAAUUAUUUGACGAUAUCUCCGUCGAAUGUGCACAACUUUCUCUUGGGAAAGCCGACGAACUUGGUUUAG